UCCUAGAAUCCUAGAAUGCUAAGAAUCCUAGAAUCCUAAGAAUCCUAGAAUCCUAGAAUUCUAGAAUCCUAAGAAUCCUAGAAUCCUAGAAUCCUAAAAAUCCUAGAAUCCUAAGAAUCCUAGAAUCCUAGAAUCCUAGAAUCCUAAGAAUCCUAGAAUCCUACAAUCCUAAGAAUCCUAGAAUCCUAGAAUCCCAAGAAUCCUAGAAUCCUGGAAUCCUAAGAAUCCUAGAAUCCUAGGAUAUUAAUAUACAAUUAGCACGUAUUCGAUGUGAACAACAAAAAUAUGAUGAAUCCGCGGGAUACAUUCAAAAAGCAUAUAACGCAUAUUCAAAACUCCCGGAGGGUCUGAGACGGGAGACUCUUAUUGGACAAGUUGACAAUAAUUUCGCAAUAAGCAAUUGGAAAUAUACUGGAGAAUAUGAUCAUGUUGCAAAAUACUUAUUACAAACACUUCAGAUAGACAGAAACAGUGUAGAAAUAUUCAUAAAUAUUGGUUUAAUACAAAGAUCUGCUGAGCUGGAACCAUCUUUGUAAAAAGAAGUUCAGCAUAUAAGAAAAGGAUGUGAGAUAGAACUUUUCUAAACACCUCGAACCAUUUUUUGUCUGACAUGGUUCUUAAAAUUAUCUAGAACCUUUGAUGGUUGAUUAACAAAUGAAUGAAACCUUUAAAAAUUCAGCAUCUUCGCUAAAAUCAUAAAUGGUUCCUGAUGACACCAUUUUUUUACAGAGCAGUGAUGGCACCCGUGUUAGUGAAGACACAUCGACAGAUGACGUACCGUUACGUCUUCGAUUUCCUGAAAGCCACUACUGUUACAUGAAACAGUUCUUUUCUUGAAUUGUCAAAGACACGUGGAAUGUGUUGUGUGACUUUAUGCAAUAUUUUAUUCUGUUCUGUCAUCUCAAGCCACGAGAGAGAAUGAAAAGAAACUUUUUUUUCAUUCUUUUCUGACAAAUUACAGCAGAGGUAGUAUAGAGUAUCGCGUGAUGUGCGCAAAUAGCAACGCACACACAUGUUGCUUUCCAUCAUGAGUAAGUAAGUGCAUCCGAUUUUCUCCGUCUGUGUUAAGGCUUACACUCGAAAGUUUUUUUUCUUCUCUUCGAUCGUGUUAUCAUAAUAAAAAUGUAUAGAAAAGAUGUAUCUCAAAAUGGACAUCUAGUGAACAUUUCAGGCUGAAAUAUUCAGCCUACUAAGAGGGAAUCUAUGGUCAAGAGUUAAAAUAUAGGUGUUCGUGCAUCUCAAAAUUCUCCGUCAUUUCUAAAGCUAGGAAUCUCGAAUUGGUUUUAAAAUGUAGCGAUACGACUUAGUAUUGUAAUUUAACAGAUGUCAGUUUUCAAUUUUUUUCCUACUUCGUUUUUUUUUGAAACGCUUUUCUGAUGAAAUAUGAAAAACACAGCGGGAUUCUUUUGAGAAAAAUAAAUCUUUGCUAAAAAUUCAAAGCAAAAUUUUUAAAAAGUACGGAUUUGUGAGUCAUAAAUCACAAAAAAUGAAAAGAAUUUGACCAAAAUUGACGUUUUUUUUAAUGGCGAGAGGUCCUUAAUGUCGUAAUGAAACCUAAACUCAAUUUUGUUCUCUAGUUGUAUUUAGAAAUAAAUACCAUGAAAAUUUGAUUAAUUCUUAGAUUUAGUAUACUAGGAUCUUUGUCAUUACCGUGGAAAAACUACAUCAAAAAUGACUCUAAUUGAGUUGACACAUACCCAAAGUCACUGGAAUGUCAAUUAAAAUACAGGUUGUCGAAAAACAACGAUAUUUAGUAGUUUCAGAUGCUCAGCACAAAUGAUCGUGGUUUCAAACUGCAGAGAAAACAAUAUACAUCUCCCAUUUUGACUCUAUCAAUCAAAUCUUCAUUUCUUCUAGUGAUGAUAACUGAUAGAAAACUACCUAAUUUCUCAAUUUUUCCACAUUCUUUAUUGGAAAAAGUCUAUUUUAACAAUUUUUUAUUUCACACAUAUGGGUAAAAUAUUUCAUCAUACAGAAGAAUAAUGUCUGAGAGAGUUUCCAUUGCCUUCGUCACUUGUGAACGCAGAAAUACACAUUACUUGUCUAAAAGAAAAAAAAUAUAAGUGGAGGUAGAUCCAAUCGUUUUAAAUUCUUGUUUCUUCUCACAAUCAACACAUUGUCUAUGUACUAGCUAAAUUAUUGUAACUACAUAAACACAUUUGUAUUCUAAUCAAACGUGAUAAUUAUUUCUUCUGUUCACUCAUAUAGGUAAUCGGAAAGACAAUCAUACAAGCAUUCGAACAUUCGUCGCAUACUUCUCUUGGUAAAUAGCUGUAGAAUUUGACCUUUCACACAAGAAUCGUGGUGGAAAUAUGCGUUCGUCGAUUUUUAUUUUACGCAUAUUAUCUAAUGCAAUAUUCUGGCACGUUGUAAUUGAUGCGCGAGCAGUUUUAGUUAGUCAUAGUCAUCCAUCAGAUGUUAAACAUUUUGAACCCAAAUUAGACCCGAAUAUAGGUUAUUGGUCACCCAGCACCAGUUCAAUCGAUUGGUGUGAACGUAAUUAUGUUGUAACUCAGUAUAUUGCUGAAUUUUGGAAUUGUAUUUCAAGCUUCUCGAUGUGUAUAUUAGGUGGAAUAUUAUUCAUUCGAGGUUUAUACAACAAGAUUGAAACUCGAUUUUUAUUAUCUAGUUUGGGCUUAGGGUUUGUCGGACUCGGAUCUGCAUAUUUCCAUGGUACUCUCACACAUUUUGGUCAAAUGACCGAUGAACUUCCCAUGGUCUAUUCAAUGAUUAUUUGGUGGUUUAUAUUAGUUAGAAUGAAUGAGUUCAAACAGAUCAAGCGUAAACUAUUUGCCAUUGACACAUUAGUUGUAUUUGGAAUUUUUUAUGGGUUAUUAUGGACUUACGUACACAGUUUACAAACAUUUGUACUGAUCUUUCAAGGACAUAUGAGCUUGAUGGUGGUCGGAGGUAUAACCACACUGAUCUAUUUAUAUCGACAGUCACAUCAUCAUGUAUAUCGACUAAAAUAUCUGCUGAUGGUAUACGUUAGUUUAUUAAUUUCAGCUUUUGUAUGUUGGGCUAUGGAUCAACAGUUGUGUGAACGAAUGAAUAAUAGGAGUCGACUUAAUCCACAAUUACAUGCUUGGUGGCAUGUACUUGGUGCUGUUCAUUGUCAUCUGGGAAUUGUGUGCAGUGAAGCUAUGCGUCUCCUAUCAAUCAAAUAUAAGCAGCAUCAAGAAAAAAAUCCGCAAUCCUCACAUCAGCCUUUCAAACCGGAAGAUCAUUUAAGUAUCGUCUUCUACGUAGGAUUACCUUACGUAAAUUAUUCCAAAGAAAAACGAACAAUCGAAGCAAAAGCCCAGUAA